UAGUCUUGGUUUCCCUCUCAGUGAUGUGGCGUAUUUGUGUGGCGCACCUGUAAAGAGCGAGACGAGGCAGAAGAAGCCGGCUUUUUUUUUAAUCCUUUGAUUCCUUUUCUUUCAUCUGUUUUGUUCUUGUUUUUUUUUUUAUUUUAUCUUUUUUUUUUUACCCCCGAUCCCCCUCUUUUUUAUUUUGUUUUCAUGCUGAAAGCAACUCGUUUCUGUGUUUUGAUUUAAUAAACAAUUCAUUUCCUCAUUUUGUUUGUGUUGCCUUUUGUUUUUCAAUUUUAUGUUGCCAAGUUUGAGCUAAAGAGGGCGCGGAAUUCAUCAUUUUACGAGCUGUUGUCCAAGUGUUUUGGUUCAGAGAUUAUUUGCCUAAGGACGUCCGUAACUUUCAUUUGUAGAAACGACUGCAACUCCAAACUAACAUGGCAGUCAGACUGUGCGAUGUGGCUUCUCUGCUUAGAAGUGGGUCGUGGGCGCCUGAGCCUUGGACUGGGCAAGUAAUCGCAGCCAUGGAAACACAGAUGUCCAAUGGACCAACUUGCAACAACACAAGCAACGGCCCCACAACAAUCUCAAACAAUUGCUCCUCGCCUGUCGAGUCGGGGAGCAUAGAGGACAGUAAAACAAACUUGAUAGUCAACUAUCUGCCUCAGAACAUGACUCAAGAAGAGCUAAAAAGUUUGUUUGGAAGCAUCGGGGAAAUUGAAUCCUGUAAACUAGUUCGAGACAAAAUAACUGGGCAGAGCCUAGGUUAUGGAUUUGUGAAUUACGUGGACCCCAAGGAUGCAGAGAAAGCCAUCAAUACCUUAAAUGGCUUGAGACUUCAGACAAAAACCAUCAAGGUUUCUUAUGCACGUCCAAGCUCCGCUUCCAUCAGAGAUGCAAACUUGUAUGUCAGUGGUUUGCCAAAAACCAUAACUCAGAAAGAACUGGAGCAGCUCUUCUCUCAGUAUGGGCGCAUCAUUACCUCACGCAUACUGGUGGACCAGGUGACUGGUGUAUCCAGAGGAGUUGGCUUCAUCCGCUUUGACCGACGGGUGGAGGCUGAGGAAGCCAUCAAAGGUCUGAACUGCCAGAAGCCGCCUGGUGCCACAGAACCCAUUACAGUGAAGUUUGCGAACAACCCGAGCCAGAAGACCAGCCAGGCUCUGUUGUCCCAACUGUAUCAGUCACCCAAUCGAAGGUACCCGGGACCCCUCGCGCAGCAGGCACAACGCUUCAGAUUGGACAACCUUCUCAACAUGGCCUAUGGAGUGAAAAGGUUCUCCCCCAUGGCCAUUGAUGGCGUGACCAGCUUGGCUGGCAUCAACAUCCCAGGACACGCAGGAACUGGUUGGUGUAUCUUUGUCUACAACCUGGCCCCAGACGCCGACGAAAGUAUCCUUUGGCAAAUGUUUGGGCCAUUUGGUGCUGUGACAAAUGUCAAGGUUAUUCGUGACUUCAACACAAACAAGUGCAAAGGAUUUGGUUUUGUCACCAUGACUAACUACGACGAGGCUGCCGUGGCCAUCGCCAGCCUGAAUGGAUAUCGCCUUGGGGACAGAGUGCUGCAAGUCUCGUUCAAAACCAACAAAACACACAAAGCCUAAAUCCCACUGAGAUUGUUUUGAGGAAACUUGGUAGGAUAAAUAGAAACAAAAUGGAAAUGUAUCGACUGUAACUUUCUACAUUAGUAAAAACAGCUUUGUAAAUUGGUGUUAUGAAGAUAAAUAAUAUUUAGCGUCCAAUGUGGAUUUGGUUUAUUUUUUGUCUUUAUGCUUUAGAGUCUUCUCAAUCUGCUUUGAAACUGAACAAAAUUGUAGGUUUUCAUGCCUGCAAGAGUGAAUUCUCAUCUUCACGGAUGAAACACGUGAAACGUUAUUAACGGCUUUGUUUUUGUCAUUUUGUUGCACUUUGAAACAGUAAGUCUUGUAAGGUUCUAUGUAGUGGAAUAUAUAAUUUUUGUCUUGAUUUGCUUUGGCUAUGUUUUGCCUUCAGCGAUUAGCAAGCACUUUGGUUGAACUGUUGGAGCUUUGAUUUUUUUUUUUUUUUUUUUUGGAAGUAUUCUGUUUGUAACAUUUAUUAGUUGGCUGCUUAAAAGUUGCUUAUUGUUAACCUAAUGGAUAAAAAGUAAAAUGACAAAAAAAACUUCUUAAAGCAGUACCUUGCCAAAGAGCUAAGAACCUCUUUGAUGUGGGUUUAAAAAGCAUCUAUUUUUAUAAAAAGAAAUUUGGAGAAACUUUUUACUGGACCUGGAGCAAAAUAUUUUGACUUGGAUACUUUGAGAAAUAUCUUCAUAUGACACCUUGUGAGCUUUUGAACUUUACAAGAAAGUUUGCAGCGGUUGAAAUUUCUGGAGAGAUUUAUGAUAAAGAUACCUUUUGAGAUCUUUGUAUUAUCUUUAGAGUCUAGAAUCAGUGGCAGUGCUGGUUACAUUUGUGAAAACGUGUCGAUUCCCCCCUUCCCCCUCUCAGUAAUCCUUGGGUUUUGGAGCUUUUGCAACCCUUUUCCAUGCGAUUUGGCAACGGACAACGGAAAAAUUAAAAUGUUUGUAUGCAACAGUGCAUGCAAAAUUAAUGCAAAUCUUAAAGGUUAACUGGGGGAUAAAAAUCACAUAGUUCUGUAGAGAAAGAGCUCCAUGGUGUGUUGUGGUGUAUUUACAUCAUCAUUAGACUGUUUUUUGUUUUGUCUUAACCAAUAAGGGUUUUUACAGGCUUUGUAUGACGGCUUGAGGACGAGCUGUUGAAGGUAGCAGCUU